AGCAGCAGCAGCAGCACACCAAAACUCCAACAUCCCCACCAAGUGAACGAUCAGUCCCCGCACAGAGAUCCAGUGCAGGAAACACCAAAACAGCAGCCGCCGUCGAAACCAAAGAGUGAUCUCGUAGCCGUCGUCGCGAAUCCACCAAACACCAAGAUGUCUCUGAUCCAGCCAUCGGGAGAGCUGAGCGCCAAGAUCAAGGAGGAGCUGCGCGAGCCGGCAAACCCGGCCGACAUCGAGCGCGACAUUGGCAUCAUCCGCGAGUGGCUCAGCAAGCAGCCGCAUCUGCCCAAGGACAUGGACGAUGCCCGCCUGCGCACCUUCCUGCGUGGCUGCAAGUUCAGCCUGGAGCGCGUCAAGCAGAAGCUGGACAUGUACUACACCAUGCGUAACGCCGUACCGGAGUUCUUCACCGACCGUGACGUCAGCCGUGCCGAGAUGUCCGAGGUUCUGAACGUUAUUCACAUGCCACCACUGCCAGGUCUGACCCCGAACGGAUGCCGUGUGGUGAUGCUGCGUGGUACCGACAAGGACAUCGCUACGCCGAAUGUCGUCGAGUCGAUGAAGGCUACGCUGAUGAUCGGUGAUAUCCGAUUGGCCGAAGAGUCGGUCGGUGUGGCCGGUGAUGUGUACGUGCUGGACGCUAGCGUUGCUACGCCGACGCACUUCGCCAAGUUCACGCCAGCGCUGGUGAAGAAGUUCCUGAUCUGCGUGCAGGAGGCGUACCCGGUUAAGCUGAAGGAGGUGCACGUGAUCAACGUGUCGCCGAUCGUCGACACGAUCGUCAACUUCGUGAAGCCGUUCCUGAAGGAGAAGAUCCGGGAGCGUAUCCACAUCCACAGCAACAUCGAGGAUCUGUACAAGUAUGUGCCGAAGGCGAUGCUGCCGAGCGAGUAUGGCGGUGAUGCCGGUUCGGUGAAGGAUCUGAACGAUCAGUGGCGCGCCAAGAUGGCCGAGUACUCCGGUUGGUUCAAGGAGCAGGAAGCCUCCAAGGCCAACGAGUCGCUCAGACCGGGUGCACCCAAGACUGCCGAUGAGCUGUUCGGUAUGGACGGUACCUUCCGGCAGCUGACCAUCGACUAAGGUCGAUCGUUGGGUUAAACAACGCGUUCGCGAAAACAAAAACACGAACUCAAACCAAAACCAUCAUCAUCCAUCCCCGAUCCAUCGAUCCGACCCGGCCAAGGGUGAGGUACGCCAAAUAUCUCCCCUGGCCUCUCCCAUUCUCUCGCCCAUGCAUCUCAUUUGGAACAGGUCCGCCCGGCAUCAUCGAUUGCGAUCGUAUCCGGUGGCAGUGUUCCAAACCAAAAAAAAAACAUCAUAAAAAAUCCCAUCUUUCACCCCAUUUCCUCCGGCUCCAGCGCCCUGGCUCUGGAGCGGAAUCCUCACUUCACUAUCGCACGAUACUCAUUCUUCAUUUUUUUGCGUGUAGAGCCUUAGUAAAAAAAGUGAAAAUCCCGAUUCUCAACCUCGAAACCUCUGGUUCUCCGCGGCAGCAAUGGAGGUGCGAACGCGAUCGCUUUCGGCGAGACGUUCGCGCUGAUUCGUUGCCGUUGCCGGAGAACUGUCUAAAGAUUUCAGGGACUUUAGCAAACGGACCUUUUUCAUGCUCGUGCAACUACUGUCUUGAAAAGGGACAAACUCCCAACCAGGGGGCUAGAUGCAGCGCAGCAGAAGUAGCGGCGAUUGUUCUGUUCCGGCCGUCAAUCGCAGCCGUUCCUGCUGCCCUUCGAGCCCACCGAGAAUUGAGAUUUUUUCCUGUUUACUACUCAUUAAUAUAAGCAAAAAAGAGUCAAUUUUGUUACAGUUUGUUGUAUUGCGU